CGCGUAGUACGCACUAAGUGGCACGAGAUGGUAGACUAGAUCUGGCAACCGAGGUGGACGUGUGAUUAUUCGUACGACCGUAACACGGUGUUUUUUUUCGCGAUCUUACGUUAAUCAGCCCUUAUCAGGGCUUCAGGUUGCGCAUUUUUGCUUUGUUUCGUACUUUAAUACGAGAGCUCUGCUCUGUUCUAUCAUACGUGUAACGUACCGGGGAAUUUAUUGCAUAACCUCAUUCCGGUUUCCCGCGCAGAGGCAUGGCCUCGGACUCGGGGGGAAGCAGUGACCAAAACUCACAUCGCAGUGUUUCCUUCUCCCUACAUCCUCCUACAUUGGUGAUUAAUCCGUCUAACCAGACCAAUUCCUCACCCAUUAAUAUGAAUUCUAACGUUUCCAGCGAUCUUUCUAGCUCGAUGCUUAAAUCGCUAUUUGACGAAGCAGGCUUAUCUGAGAUAGCAACGUGCAACCCUAACAAAGAAAUUACGUCAUCAUCAUCGCCACCCCCACUAUCAUCAGAUAGCUCUCAGGUAAUGACCUCAAGCGAUCCUAGCAUGGAAAUAGACGAAAUUACAAAUACUAGGAAGCGCCAUUCCUCUGAGGAGAUAGAAGCACAAGGUCGUUCCUCGACCUCCCCCCCAAAGCGAUCUACCGCUUCGACAACUUCCACUUUGAAUCCUCGAGACUCCCCAAGGCCAAAUAACGCAGAAGACGCGAUCGGUGCGCGCUCUCAGGAUACUACUAAUGCUGCAGCUAACCUUAAAGCUGCACCUAAAUAUCGCCCCCAGGACAACGGUCCCUACGCGGUCUACGUCUACGACCUGAAUCGUGAAAAGGCUACACAUCCGAUUGUCAUCUCAAGUAUCAUCGCGAACUCAGGUAUUCCAGAUAUACAGGAGAUCAAAAAAAUCGGUAAAGGUAAAAUCCUUAUAGAGGCGAAAUCUGCCACCGCUGCUAAUAGGUUAGUAGAUAAUCCAACAUUUUCUAAACAUAACCUUAAAGCUUUCAUACCAGCCUUUAGAGUCAUCAGAGAAGGCGUCAUUCAGGAUGUACCUGUCGAACUUGCACUCGAAUACAUUCACACACACAUUGAAACGCCAACCGCCAAAAUCUUGGACAUUCAAAGAUUAAAUAGAAGAGUCACAAUAAAUGGUAAAAGCGAAUAUGUACCCUCCAAGACACUUCGCAUUAAAUUUGCUGGACAGGUUCUUCCAAGAGAAGUGUUCUUGUUUAAAAUCAGACAUGAGGUACGACCCUAUAUACCUAAAGCUCGCAUAUGCUUCUCGUGCUUUAGAGUCGGACAUAUAGCUAAAGUCUGCAAGGGCCCGCCUAGGUGUCUAUAUUGUGGAAACAACGCCCAUGAAAACGAAGACCCCUGCCCAUCAAGGGAUGGCGAAACCGACCCUGUAUGUAUCAACUGCAAAGGCGCACAUCUCGCUACCUCCAAAGACUGCCCGAUAAUCACCAAGCAGGAUAACAUCAUUAAACUGGCAGCUGUCGAAAAUAUCUCCAUAGCGGAUGCUAGGAGAAUUGUCAACAACCAAGGUCCCUCUACUCGCUACAGCUCUGGAAUGGACUCUCAAGACUUUCCACGACUAAACUCAAAAACGCCACAUGGCUCUUCAGGUUCACCCAGCUUUACGUCCACUAACCCCUUCCACCUUUUAGAAGCAGAAGACCUAGACCAUGGCCGUAUAUCUUAUGCCGAAGCUGUUGGCUCACGGCCGGCACGCACCUCGCAGCAGGCUCCCACUCAUAACGGAAACAGAUAUCAUCACUCGACGCAAGGUUCACCAUACCACUUGAACACUAACCAAAAGAGUGUCAACAACCAGGGCUAUGAUAGAAGAGCUCACCAAGAAGCACUUUUCAACCCCCACGGGGCUUAUGGCUAUUCUAACGCAAGAGGAAAAGAAACCCUGGACGCCACUUCACAAUACAACCUAUUCGUCGAACAUGUUCAAUCCUCAGCCAGAGGAUUACUCCCACCGGACAAGGGCGUGCCACAUAGUAAGAUAAACUCCUGUCGUUUGAAAUCACCUCCUUGGUGGAACGAUGACUGUGAUACUGCAGUCAAAGAAAGGAGAAAGGCGCUCAAAAGGCUCGCCGAGUGCCCUGACAGAGCUCGUCUCGAUGAUUUUAAGUCUGCUAGGAGAAGGUGUUCAGAAUGCAUACAGGAGGCUAAACGAAUUGGUUGGAGGAAACUUGUUGGCAGUUUUAAUUGCAAAACUUCAACGCACCGCAUCUGGUCUCUUAUUAAAAGUUUCAGGCGUAACAAAAACCCUCCCUCGAACCAGGACAAUAAUCUUGACACGGUCUCACUGGCUGCCAUCGAAAAACUAUGUCCUCCCUUUUGUCCAUAUAACGACCACAAACAUAUUGAGGAUAUGAAACGUGAAGAUCUUCUUCAACAUAAUACACAACAAUGGUUGGAAGAACCCUUCUCAAGAGUCGAACUUACUAGGGCUAUCAAUGUGGCUAAAAAACGUUCCGCCCCAGGCUUGGAUCAAAUAGAUCAUUCCAUCAUCUCCAGUCUUCCCGAUGAGUAUAUUACCAGACUACUUGAAUUGUACAAUCAAAUACUAGCACAGGGAGUUAUACCGGACUCUUGGAAGGAUUCCCUAGUCGUUCUUAUUCCUAAAACCGAUGGGAAGUCUGUGCGCCCAAUUUCUCUUCUCUCAUGUUUUGCCAAAUUAAUGGAAUACAUGAUAUACUUUAGACUUAGAUGGUUUAUUGAAUCACGUCCUCUUCUUCCACAAACGCAGUCAGGCUUCCGACCAACCAGGUCUUGCAUAGAUAACCUCGUGACUCUCACCUCUAAUAUCAGAACAGGCUUUAUUAGGAGAUCUCCUACCGUAGCAGUAUUUCUCGAUAUUGCGGGAGCUUUCGACAAUGUUAUACCUCACAUUCUAAUUAGGGACUUGUAUGAAAUUGGCAUUCCCGCCUCUAUUAGAAAAUUCAUUGAAAAUUUCAUCUCUAUGAGACGUCUGCAUUUCGUGGUAGACGGUUCUCUCUUAGGACCGUUUAAUUCUUAUAAGGGCACACCUCAGGGCUCCACACUCAGUCCUGCGCUUUUCAAUAUCUACCUUAAAGAUAUCAACGAUCACAUUCAUUCAGAUUCUCGUAUUUUGCAAUACGCUGACGAUGUUGUCAUAUAUUCCACCUUAAGAAACAUUGACUCAGCUAUCUCAUCCGUGCAAAAAUCGAUUGAUAACAUUUAUACAUAUUUAAGAUACAGAGGUCUCGAACUGUCACCGUCUAAAUCGAGAUAUAUGAUAUUUUCUCGCAUCAAAAGUUGCUCAGAGGAUCCUAAUAUUCAAAUCUCUAACACACAUAUCCCCAGAGCUUACACACAUAAAUUCCUGGGGGUUGUCUUAGAUGACAAGCUGUCGGGUAUUCCACAGCUAAAGGCCCUCAUAGAGAGAGGUAAGAAUAUUGCUAAUAUAAUUUCUUCUUUGGCCGGAGUCAAAUGGGGUUCACAUCCCGACGUGCUGCUUACGGUAUACAGGGCAACUCUUAAAAGUGCUAUCGAAUAUGGAGCUCAGAUCUUUACAUGGAACCCGGAGUCUGAAAACUUUGUUAAACUUCUCAGAAUUCAGUAUAAGGCUAUUAGAAAGGCUAUGGGAUAUCGGAUUUCCACCCCCAUUAAUGCCAUGCUGAGCGAGGCAAGGGAACCUCCUCUACACUUAAGAUUUUCCUAUAUCACAUCCAAAUAUAUAUACAAAGCUAUGGCUAACAAAUUUAGUACAUCAUAUGAAGCCCUUAAAGAACUGGAACUUACAGCCAUCCAAAAAAACCAGAAAUUGAAGACCAUCAAAAGUUCUAAUCUAUUCAAGUCUUAUAUUACACAUCUUCCAGACAAGAAAAUUACACAUCGCACCACAUACCCUCCAGCCUUCUGGCACGAAUUUGAAGUCAUAGCCAAACCUAUCACUUAUAUCGGCAACAUGCUUCUCUUUCAUUCAAAAGACGAUCCCCACGCUACGGCUGCCAUUUUUUACGAGAUUUCACUAGAAUACAGAAUAGAUGCCAUUUCUAUUUACACAGACGGUUCCAAGGAACCUGACAGUGCUGUCGGAGCUGGAGUAUACUCUCCCGAUCUGAAUAUCAGCAUUAAACACAAGCUACCAAGCGAAACCUCUAUUUUCUCAGCGGAGCUUUGGGCUCUUUACCAAGCCGUCCUCCUCGCCAGAGAUUGUGGAAGCAACAAAGUUGUCAUUUUUUCAGACUCCAAGAGUGCGCUGGAUGCAGUCAGCAAUCAUCACUACAUACAGAACAACUACAUUGUCUACUACAUCAAGCAAAACAUUCUUCUGGCCAUGCAGCAGGGAAUCACAAUCACCCUUUUCUGGAUCCCAUCUCACGUGGGUAUUCCGGGAAAUGAAAAAGCGGACGAAACAGCCAAAUCUGCCUCUCUAACGGGACUCUCCACAGCCUUCAGGAUUCCAUAUGAAGACCUAUACACUGUAUCUAAGGAACGAUUGCAUUGUAGAUUUACUGAAUAUCUUAAUUCAUCUGCUAGAUAUAAAGGCGCUCUCAAUCAUGAAUACUUCCCUAGAACUUCCUCCAAACCUUGGUUCAAUGAUCUAUCUUGGAGUAGAAAUGAGAUUGUUAUGAUCAACCGACUCAGAUCUAACCACUAUAAUCUCAAUAGCAGCCUACACAGAGUGAAUAUAGUGGAAUCUCCUGCUUGCCCCUGUGGGAAUAAUAAUCAAGAUAUCAAUCACGUAAUUUUUCAAUGUGAAGUAUAUAAACAAAACUCUCUCCAUCUACGAAACUACCUUAAAUCCAAAUUUCCCCAACACCCUGAAAACAUAUUUCCCGCCCUAUCCAAUCCCUCUCCUAAGCUCUGCAGGCUCCUCACGACAUUCGCGGGAGCCUCCGAUCUGUUCUUUUAG